AUGGAGAUGAUCCGCGUCAUCUACCUAGCGCUUCUCAUCCUCUUAAUUCUCUCUCUAAACACCAUCUCGCCGGCCCAAGCGAUUUCCUGCACAAUGUGCGAUUCCUGCGAUAACCCCUGUCUGCCGCCUGUUUCCCCUCCUCCUCCUCCUCCGCCGCCGCCGCCUCCUGGCGGCUGCCCUCCUCCUCCCAGCUCUAGUACAUUCUACACUCCUCCACUACUUGCCUCUGGCGGAAGCAGCGGCGGGAACUCAUACUUCUACACGCCACCAGCGUCUGGUGGUGGCUCCGGAAAUUCGUAUACAACGCCUCCACCGCCUAAUCCUAUUUUGCCAUACUUUCCGUUUUACUUCAACGGCCCGCCACCGCCAACAAACUCCCAGAUCUCCUGCAGCUGCUGGACCAAGCCUCUACCCUCUGUUUGCCUUUUAUUCGUGCUAUGGAUUGUCUUGUGAGGGAAACAAAUGCUCAGAAUUUGCCGAAUUUUUUCUUUCCGUUCCCAAAGUAACUCUCGAAUUCGGUUCAGUGUAA